CUAGCUGUAGUGUAACAACCGAAGCCGAAUGAUGUAAGCGAUGUCUUGUCCGAAAAAGGGUUCUUGAAAUUAGAGGGCUUCCACGAUGUUGAUUUUAAUUUGAAAUUGAUAUCAUUUGAUAAAAACCCAAAUGAGUCUGAGUGCUGUGGGUAUUUCAUCUCCAAAGACCCGUUUUUUCCCACCGUCAGUCGAUUACGCUUCUUCCUUGAGAUAUCUUCAAUCUCUCCGUCCGAAUAUCGCCUGGGAACCCCAGUGUCGUGUUGUUGCAGGGAGAAGAGAGUUGGUUCAGUGCAGUAGAAAUCUCCGGCUUGAUUGUGUUUAUAGUGAUCAACAAGUAAGCCUAGAAACUAUGGACAUGAUGGGGUCAUCUCCUGAAGUAAACAGGAAAGUUUUCCAGGAUAUAGAGCCAUAUGACAUUGGUAAUCUAAAGGUUUCGGAUAUCCACACGAUAUAUUAUGAGCAGUCUGGAAAUCCAGAUGGACAUCCUGUGGUUUUUCUCCAUGGAGGCCCCGGAGGUGGAACUUCACCAACUAACCGGAAAUUCUUUGAUCCUAGUUUUUAUAGGAUCAUUUUAUUUGAUCAGAGAGGUGCAGGUAAAAGUACACCUCAUGCUUGCUUGGAAGAGAAUACAACUUGGGAUCUCGUCAACGAUAUUGAGAAACUGAGAGAGUACUUGAAUGUUCCAGAAUGGCUGGUUUUUGGUGGUUCAUGGGGAAGCACACUUGCUCUGGCUUACAGUGAAUCUCAUCCCGACAAGGUAACUGGUUUGGUAUUGAGAGGCAUCUUUUUGUUGCGGAAGAAAGAGAUAAAUUGGUUUUAUGAGGGUGGAGCUGCUGCAAUAUUCCCCGACGCUUGGGAGCCAUUUAGAGAUCUUAUCCCCGAGAAUGAAAGAGGAUGCUUUGUUGAUGCUUACCACAAGAGAUUAAACUCUGACAACAAGGAGACACAAUACGCAGCUGCUAGGGCAUGGACGAAAUGGGAAAUGAUGACGGCUCAUCUUGUUCCAAAUGAAGUAAGCAUACAACGGGGGGAGGAUGAUGAGUUUUGCUUGGCUUUUGCGAGGAUUGAGAAUCACUAUUUUGUGAACAAAGGAUUUUUUCCUACGGAUUCGUACUUGCUUGAUAAUAUAGAUAAAAUAAGGCACAUCAACACUGUAAUCGUGCAGGGAAGAUACGAUGUCUGCUGUCCUAUAAUGUCAGCUUGGGAUCUUCAUAAAGCUUGGCCAGAAGCUGACUUUAGAGUGGUUCCGGAUGCUGGACAUUCUGCUAAUGAGGCGGGGAUAUCAGCGGAGCUGGUGGCUGCAACUGAAAAAUUGAAGAAUGUCAUCAAGGAAGGUGCGCGUUGAAUGAGUUAUUGUCGAUUGAUGAAAGAUAUUCGAUUUGAACUUGUGGAAUUGAAGUGAGUUUUACUCUUUUUCUUCUACACCAAAGUAAUAAUUCUUGAAUUUCAGACUUGGGGGCUUGCUUAAUGCCUUGGAAUGCCCUUCUAAGUGUUUUUCACUAAUUGAUAUUACACUUUGCUUGAGUUGCUCA